AUGAAAUGCUCGAACUCAGAGAUGGAUGGCUCUGAAAACAGGAGAGAAGGCCUGAAGUACAUUACCCAAGCAGUAUUCCAGCUACUCAAGGAAAACAAGGCAUGCACAUACCAAUUUAUAUGCAAGAACAUUGUGUUUCCAAACACAGAGACCCUUAAUAGACGGAUAUACGACGUUCUGAACGUUAUGAAGGCUGUGGGACUGAUUGACAAGAAGGGAAAGAAAUACUUCUUGGUUGGGACGGAGGACGACGUAGCAAAGAAGCGCGAGGAGAUAAAGAAGCUGAAGGAAAUGAAGAAAGUCUUCAAGUUCAUUGUGGAAAGAAACUUGUCUUCGGAAGAUACACAUCUUGACAGGCUCUAUCUACCAUUCAUGGUGAUCAGCACAAACAAAAAAGCAGAGAUUCAUUGCGAAACAAACGAGGAAAGGAGUUUUUUUGUAUUCAAAUCGAACAAGCCACUGAAGGUUAAUGAGGAUCUGGAUGUUCUUAGCGAAAUAUAUGAGAAUACACAUUCAAUAGAAAAGAUAUCUGAUUUUGCCUCAAUAAUGGCCAAGAUGGAUAGCGAGAAAUACAGAUGCUUUGAAGAAAAGCUGGAUCAUAAGGGUGAGCUCGAUCCAAAUACAUUUUUCUUUGGUUUAUAA